UCGCCGCGCCCCCCCCUCGUCCCACCCCCGGCAGGCAGAGGCUCGGCACAAGCCGCCGGGAGCCCGGCGGAGCGCGGAGCCCGGGCGGGGAUGCGGGAGGCGGCGAGCGGCUGAGGCCCCGGCUCCGCGCCGGGCGGAGCGCACCCCCCGGCCCCCCCUCUCUAUUGCAGCCCACCGUCCUCACCCGGAUUUGGGAUCUACCUGGACUCCUUGGGAAUUAUUAUUCUUCUUUUCUUUUGUUCCCCUCUUUAAAACAAAAAAAAAAAAAAAAGAAAGAAAAAUUGCACACGUGGAGGAACGCGUGGAUUUACUAACAUGAUCUUGGCAAACGCGUUCUGCAUCGUCCUCUUCGUAGAUGAGAUCCUGCGCUCGCUGGCUGGCCCCCCGUCCCCCCCGGGGCAGGACCCCCAUGGCUGGCGGGUGCCCGUGGACUGUGUCCGAGCCAACGAGCUGUGUGCGGCCGAGCCCAGCUGCAGCUCCCGCUACCGCACGCUGCGGCAGUGCCUGGCCGGCCGCGACAGGAACACCAUGCUGGCCAACAAGGAGUGCCAGGUGGCCCUGGAAGUGCUGCAGGAGAGUCCCCUCUACGACUGCCGCUGCAAGCGAGGGAUGAAGAAGGAGCUUCAGUGCCUUCAGAUCUACUGGAGUAUACACCUCGGGCUGACCGAAGGAGAAGAAUUUUAUGAAGCUUCCCCCUAUGAGCCGGUCACCUCUCGUCUCACUGAUAUAUUCAGACUUGCUUCAAUUUUCUCAGGAAUGGACCCCGCCACCACCUCCAAAAGCAACCACUGCCUGGACGCGGCCAAAGCCUGCAACCUGAACGACAACUGCAAGCGCCUGCGCUCGGGCUACAUCUCCACGUGCAGCAGGGAGAUCUCAGCCACCGAGCACUGCAGCCGCAGGAAAUGCCACAAGGCUCUGCGCCAGUUCUUCGACCGCGUCCCCAGCGAGUACACCUACCGCCUCCUCUUCUGCUCCUGCAAGGACCAAGCGUGCGCCGAGCGCCGGCGACAAACCAUCGUCCCCUCCUGCUCCUACGAGGACAAGGAGAAGCCCAACUGCCUGGACCUGCGCAACGUGUGCCGGACGGAUCAUCUCUGCCGGUCCCGACUGGCCGAUUUCCAUGCCAACUGCCAAACCUCCUUCCAGUCCCCGACCAGCUGCCCUGGGGGCAACUACCAGGCGUGCCUGGGCUCCUACGCGGGGCUCAUCGGUUUCGACAUGACGCCCAACUACGUCGACGCCAGCCCCACCAGCAUCACCAUCUCGCCCUGGUGCUCCUGCAAAGGCAGCGGGAACAUGGAGGAGGAGUGCGAGAAGUUCCUCCGAGACUUCACGGAAAACCCUUGUCUUCGAAAUGCCAUCCAAGCCUUUGGGAACGGCACCGACGUGAACCUCUCCCCCAAGAACCCCUCGUCCCCCAUCACCCUCCCACCGAAGACGGAGAAGAGCCCUGCCCUGCCGGAUGACAUCAAUGACAGCAACACCAUGUACGACACGAGUGUCAUCACCACCUGCACCUCCAUCCAGGAGCACGGACCGAAGCUAAACAAGUCCAAAGAGCAGAGCCUGUGUUACUCAGAGACCCAGCUGACCACGGACAUCAUGCCGGACCAGAAGACCUUUGUGGACCAGAAGGCAGGUGGCAACCGACACUGGGCGGGACAAAUCCUGCCCCUCGUGCCUGUGCUGCUGCUGCUGCUGCUGGGCUCCUAGAGGGCCAGGGACACUCGCACGAGCUCCAUCCCCACAGGGGAGUGAAGGACCAUCUUGUGCCGGAGACUGGAAUCGCUCCCAAAAACCCGGGAUGCCGAGCCCGGGCGCACCAGGAGGCAGGAGAGCCCUCACCGCGCUGCGAAACUUUGGUGGUUUUCUUCCUGUUUUCAUUUUUCCUUUGGUUUUUUCUGCUCUUUUACGGUAUGUUGGGUUUCUUUUCGGAAGCAGGAGCCCAUGGCUCAUGGCCAAAUCCCCCGUCAUGUGCCCUGCAAUGAGGGAUCUAGAGAUGCCAGCGGCACGGGGAGGGAAAACGAGCACCAAGCAGAACUUUGCAGAGGUGGUUUGGAGGUGACACCCCAGGCGUGCUGGGGACAGCGAGGUUUCCACAUCGGAGCAUCCCAGAGGACGGACGUGCAGUCGGGAGCCUCUUCUGCAUCCUCCGAGCUCUUGACAUUGUUAUUGACCUCCCUUUUCUUUUAUUUUUAAUUUUUCCUGUGGCUGAGGAGAGUUUUGAAUUGGAAGAGAAAGCAACUGCUGUUCAUACGUUGUGAGGCUGUCCUGAUGUUUUUGAUCUGUCACUUGGAGGGGGAGAUUUUUCUUUCCAUUUUUAUAAUCAGUCAGAUUUGGGUUGGGAUGGGAUCUGACCCAUCGGUGGUUGGAAACCACUCUAUGUUCCUCUCUAUUUUCUUUUAUAUAUACAUAUAUAGUGUAUGUAUAUACCACCCACCUAUACCUACAUAUAUGUAUGUAUAUACACAACCAUAUACAUCUACAGUGUGGCUUUUUAAAUUUCCUUUUCUCCUUUAUUUUUAAAAAUAAUGCUCCAAUGGCAACAACAACUUACAAAUGUAUUCUUGUAAAGUUUAUUUUUUUUAAUAAUGUCUAUAAUGGAUUAAAAGAGAAAAUAAACUGAGAACAACCAAGCAAGGAACAAA